GACGUGCCAAUGGUUCGUGCUGAGAGUGUGUGUCUCUGUUGCUGUCAAUUUAAGAACCUUGGAGAACUCCCAUCCCGAAGAGCGUGUCCGUGAAUGAGCACGGUUGCGUAUGCUACGUCAUGUCCACGACUGACUCGGCCCUAAGAGCUCUCAUUGUUUUCUAAAUAUUGCAUUUAUUUUACAUGGCUCGCCGAGAUGACUAUGGAUUUGUUGAUUGCCUUUAAUUAACUCGACACGGUCUAGCUGGAAUUCUUUCCGCAUUCUCUAAAUUCCAAUCCAAGAGCCAGUGUUGUGCAGCGCGCGAAAGGGAUCUGAACGAUAGCCCAUUCCUAUACUUCGGCCUGAUUGUGUCUCGUUCGAUUGGCCCAGGCAGAUGUCAGUCAAGACUCUUCAUGCCUGCAUGGAUCCCGUUGCAGGCUAAACACAGCAGCAUGGGCUGCGCGCAUUCCAACCGGCUAAAUAUAUCUGAUAGGGCCACAGGAGGGGAAGGACAGGGCGACAGGGCUUAGCUUUGGACAUUUAGCCUUCGUGCGUAAAACGAGAAAUUGUCCUUCUGAAACGUAGUAAAGUGAGACCAAUCCAAAAUGCCCGCAAUUCCGAGUUCUAGGUCCAGGACGCGGGAUCGGAACAACGUCCUGAGCAGACCCGAGUUCAUGUCCCUGAAUCAGCCUCUCCGGUGCGUUAACUCUGAGACCCGUGGCACCGCAAGGCGACCGGCCCAACCCAAACACCAAGCAAGCCAACCGUGCGACCCGCAGGAACCUACCGACAGUGCCAACAAGGAUCGGAAAGAGCCCGCGAAACUGCCCGAUGAGGACUGUAUCCAGCUGAACCCUUCCUUCAAAGGGAUAGCAAUGAGCUCCCUCCUCGCCAUUGACAUUUGUCUGUCCAAGCGCCUGGGGGUCUGCGCCUACACGUCGUCGUCUUGGGGCAGCGUUCGUUCCAUGAUCACCCUGCUCGCGCUUACAGGGCACGGAAUCACGUGGAUCUUUGGCACUAUCGUGUGUCUGACAAGGAGUAAUACGCUGGCCGGACAAGAGGUCUUGGUCAAUCUAUUACUUGCCCUCCUACUUGACAUCAUGACUGUGGCCGGUGUCCAGAAGCUGAUCAAACGCAAAGGACCCUGGGAGAUGACUCCGGGCUUCCUGGACUACUGUGCCAUGGACGUGUACUCCUUCCCGGCGGCCCACGCCAGUCGCGCUGCCAUGGUGUCCAAGUUCCUGCUUUCCCACCUGGUCCUGGCCGUUCCACUCCGUAUCCUUCUGGUGCUCUGGGCCUUCCUGGUGGGCAUGUCCCGGGUGUUGCUGGGUAGGCACCACCUAACCGACAUGGCGUGUGGCUUCGCCCUUGGCAUGCUGCACUUCAGCCUGGUGGAGACGGUGUGGCUGUCGUCCAGCGCCUGUCAGACCCUCAUCUCUAUAGGGACCCUCAGCUGGAGCCCUUUCUAUUGAGGGCUAUCUAUCAAGGCCCUCAACUCCUGUUUGAAUCUGUAAAGCCUGGCUUUAUGAAGCCAUAUAAGUAUGGCCAGGAGUUUUUCCUGACGAGAGUUUUUCCUGAUCAGGGCCUACUGUCUAAGGCUGCGUUAGACCUACAUAUAAGCUUUAUCUGUGAUGACAAUAACUUCUAUACACACAAUUAGGUCCUAUCUGGGUGACCUCAUUUACAGUAUUUGCAGUAAAUGUUAUUUGAGGGAGGUAAAUGUGCUCGUUGGAGUCAUUUUGAUCAUUGAUGACUCAAAGAAAGAAAAUGUGGUAGUGUUGAUAUUUAUUCAUAUUUACAAAGACUUCUGUAAUGUCUCUACCACCUUUUCUCUUCCACUGAACUAAUCAUAAUGCUUGAGAGCCCACACUGGCGUAUAUCUAAUGUUAUUGGUUCUCACUGCUGUCAGUUUCUUUCUUUUCUUUCUGCCUAUUCCACCACUCCUAACCUUCCUCUUUCUCUUCUGCAUCCUUUUCCUAUUUUCCCCCAUUCCUCUUUCCUCCUGUCUCUCAACCUUUACCCCUUUUUGUCUUUUGAAAUGUUUUAAUUGUACUUGAUCAAAAUAUUGCCCAGUACUUUGAAGGGAUGAAAUGGUUUUCUAAAGGUUUUGAAAUGUGUCCACACAUGAUUGAGCCAUUUGCAUAUUAAGAAAAGAGAUGUUAGGAAGCUCUUUGAUUUCCUUUCAAUUAUGUUGUUUGUAUGUUACUGCUGGAAACUAUCAAUUGUUAUAACUACCAAUUGUUGAGAUGGACUGGACUCCAAAUGAAUAUAUUUCUGCUGUCGUUGAAAUGGGCUAUUAUGUAAAAUAAAUAGCAUCAUUGUUGUCUAGAUCAGGGAUUUUUCUACUGGGUUAAAUAUUUAUCUUAUCCAAAUAAGUUUCAAAAGUAGGUUUUGAUUAGUUUGAGGCUAGCAGUUUCAUGAUAGAUGUGUAUGUGUAUUCCAUAUUGUUUGCCUUCCCUGCAGCAAUAAGCAUUAACAAAACAGACACUGUCGGUUUGGUAAUGAUGCUUAUUUCAUGCCUCACUUACUGAACAACAUCUGUGAGAAGUCUCCAUCAGGCCUGGGCUUACCAUUGACACUGUGUUUGUGUGUGUAUGGGUGUGUGUGUGUGUGACGUGGGUAUGUGCGGAUGAUUGCGUGUGUGUCUCUGUGUGUCUGUGUGUGUCUGUGCAUGUGUGUGUGCAUUGCAUGCAUGCAUGCAUGCAAGAUCUCUUAUGUUUGUGCCUUUGUGAGCCAAAUGUAAUGUAUUUUGGAGGGUUAAAGUCAAUGAGUAAACCUAUGCAGUCUGGGUAAAGUCAUGAAUGUUCACUGAAGUGUACAAAAUAUGUAUUAUACCUGAUAUCUUUAUAAACUCAGCCAAAAAAGAAACGUCCUCUCACUGUCAACUGCGUUUAUUUUCAGCAAACUUAAAACUGUAAAUAUUUGCAUGAACAUAACAAGAUUCAACAACUGAGACAUAAACUGAACAAGUUCCACAGACGUGACUAACAGAAAUGGAAUAAUGUGUCCCUGAACAAAGGGGGUGGGGUCAAAAUCAAAAGUAACAGUCAAUAUCUGGUGUGGCCACCAGAUGCAUUAAGUACUGCAGUGCAUCUCCUCUUCAUGGACUGCACCAGAUUUGCCAGUUCUUGCUGUGAGAUGUUACCCCACUCUUCCACCAAGGCACCUGCAAGUUUCCGGACAUUUCUGGGGGGAAUGGCCCUAGCCCUCACCCUCCGAUCCAACAGGUCCCAGACAUGCUCAAUGGGAUUGAGAUCCGGGCUCUUUGCUGGCCAUGGCAGAACACUGACAUUCCUGUCUUGCAGGAAAUCACGCACAGAAUGAGUAGUAUGGCUGGUGGCAUUGUCAUGCUGGAGGGUCAUGUCAAGAUGAGCCUGCAGAAAGGGUACCACAUGAGGGAGGAGGAUGUUUUCUCCAUAACGCACAGCGUUGAAAUUGCCUGCAAUCACAACAAGCUCAAUCCAAUGAUGCUGUAACACACCGCCCCAGACCAUGACGGACCCUCCACCUUCAAAUCGAUCCCGCUCCAGAGUACAGGCCUCAGUGUAACGCUCAUUCCUUCGACGAUAAACGCGAAUCCGACCAUCACCCCGGGUGAGACAAAACCACGACUCGUCAGUGAAGAGCACUUUUUACCAGUCCUGUUUGGUCCAGCGACAGUGGGUUUGUGCCCAUAGGCUACGUUGUUGCCGGUGAUGUCUUGUGAGGACCUGCCUUAUAACAGGCCUACAAGCCCUCAGUCCAGCCUCUCUCAGCCCAUUGUGGACAGUCUGUGCACUGAUGGAGGGAUUGUGUGUUCCUGGUGUAACUCGGGCAGUUGUUGUUGCCAUCCUGUACUUGUCCCGCAUGUGUGAUGUUCAGAUGUACCGAUCCUUUGCAGGUGUUGUUAGACGUGGUCUGUCACUGCAAGGACGAUCAGCUGUCCGUCCUGUCUCCCUGUAGCGCUGUCUGAGGUGUACGGACAUUGCAAUUUAUUGCCCUGGCCACAUGUGCAGUCCUUCUUGCAGUAUGCCCAAGGCACGUUCACGCAGAUGAAGAGGGACCCUGGGCAUAUUUUUUUGUGUGUUUUUCAGAGUCAGUAGAAAGGCCUCUUUAGUGUCCUCUAAGUUUUCAUAACUGUGACCUUAAUUGAAGCUGUUAGUGUCUUAACGACUGUUCCACAGGUGCAUGUUCAUUAAUUGUUUAUGGUUCAUUGAACAAGCAUGGGAAACAGUGUUUAAACCCUUUUCAAUGAAGAUCUGUGAAGUUAUUUGGAUUUUUACAAAUUAUCUUUGAAAGACAGGAUCCUGAAAAAGGGAUGUUUGUUUUUUUGCUGAGUUUACCUAGUGUAUGCCUUCAUUCAUAUAUUUCAUUUAUUGGUCUUCUGCUGAUAAUCUAUUUUAGUUGACAAUUUUUUUGUGAUAUUAUGGACUUGGGAACCAAACUAUUUUAGCCGUAGCCUUUUUGCUGCCACAAAAAAAUAUUUUUAAUUGGGUUGGACCUGUAUGUAUAGAUACAAUAUUGCAUUUGUGCAAGUCAGCAUGAUUUGUUUUGCACAAGGAUGAUAAAAAAAGUCAUUUUCAUGCAGUGUUUCAAUUUAUCCAGUCUAAUUUACAAAAUGAAGAAGAUGGAUCGAUAGCCUUUGUAAGAUGUGGACUCUGAAAAAGUGGAAUGUCUUGUUCAGUAUUUCCUAGGUUGUUUAUGCAUGCUCAUAAAUACACCAUUUGCCAUGA